GCCUUAGUUCUAUAGGUUCCAGUAGCAUCGGUCUCAACCAAAUACUGCCGAGAUGGCAUACUUUUCAACUCUGAUCACAGGUGCCUGUCUGCUGAUUUUAUGCUCAACUAAUGCUACUGCUCAAGAGAGACAAGACGCUGAAACAGAGACAACGACUAUGACUGGUGACCAAGAUCAGACAUCACCAUUCGAGGGCAGCAUUCCAGGAAGGCCAAUAGAUUUUGGCGGUCUUCUGCCGGGCUUGCCUAUAUUUGGAGGCGGCUUUGGACCUCUGAGACCUAUAGGUGGCGGCAUGAGGCCAUGGAUGCCAAUAGGCGGGUCAAUGAACGGAGGCGGUGUUCUUCCAGGAUGGCCAACAAGCGAAACCACCAGCGGCGCAGAUACUGCGGAAGCAGCGACAGCGUCAAGCUCCCGAACAGGCGAAACUCGACAUGCUGGCUCCAGACACAGGGAGAGCUCUCCGACAGCGGCCCGCGGCAGAGCAGCCAAAAGCCGGAAGUCCGUCAGGCGCGCCAGGGAGCGCAGAGGGUGAGCCACUGCACUGCAUUGGGAGCAACUGGUCGAGCGAAAUGGUCUGGAAGAUGGCUCAAUGUAACCACGUUCACACUUUUGCUUACGAUAUUUAAAUAAAGGAUUGCGUACUUCUUUCA